AUGGCGCAAAAGAGACUUAUGCAGGAGCUGCAACCCCUUCAGAAGGAGAAAUGGGUCAACAUCGAGCCCGACGACUCAAACCUUCUGAUCUGGAAGAUCGGUCUCUGGGUCGUUAACCCCGACAGUGUCUGGCACGGAGCCUACCUCAGGGCCGAGAUGAAGUUUCCAAACGAUUAUCCUUACCAGCCGCCCAGCUUCAAAUUUCUCACCAAGAACAUCUGUCACCCCAACGUCUACACCGACGGUAAUCUCUGCAUUUCCAUCCUCCACAAGCCGGGCGAAGACGAGCAGUCAGGCGAGCUGGCCAGCGAGCGUUGGAAUGUCCUCCACGGUGUCGAAUCGGUCCUGCGAUCCGUUUUACUCCUCCUCGACGAUCCCGAAAUCAACUCACCCGCAAAUGUCGAUGCUAGCGUCCUCUAUCGCGACAACAAGACCGAGUAUAACAAGCGAGCAAAGGACAUCGUUGAUAAGUCUCAGAAGGAUAUCCCGUCAGGGUCGAGGAUGCCCACUCCCUCCGAGCUCGCACCUGCGCCACAAAAGCCCAUUGAUGAUGAUGCCGACUUCUGGAAUAUGACAGACGAGGAGGAAGACUUUGGCGGCAGUGAUAGCGACGAGGACAUGGAAGACUUUGAUGAUGAUGACGAGGAUGACGAUGAUGUCAGAGAUCAGAAGUAG